CGGGUGCUCGCACUGGGGGCUAGGGACGGGUUGGUGCCUUCUGUCCUUCUGCAGCCGUCUCUCUCUAUAUUUUUUCUUUCUAUUUUGCAAUUUUGAACAUUUUUGCAAGACGAGGGGUUCAAGGCAGGUGAGAGCAUCCUGCGCGUCGCCGUGGAGCCCGCGGGCACUUGGCGCGCCCUCCUGGGACUGUCUGCACGCAGAACCCCAAAGUUGUUUUUGAUUUUUUUAAAGAAAUAUUUUUAUGCAGAUGUAUUUAUAAAGAUAUAAGUAUUUUUUUUUUCUUCCCGUGUCUCUCCACCGCUUUGAAAGCGAGUUCUUUGGCAAAGAACGGAGGAAAAGCUCAGCAAUAUUUCGGGGGGUGAUUGUCUUUCUUUUUGAAAGAAAAAAAAAAAACUGAGUGCUUCGCGAUGGAGAAAAUGUCCCGACAGCUCCCCCUGAACCCCACCUUUAUCCCGCCUCCCUACGGCGUGCUCAGGUCUCUGCUGGAGAACCCGCUGAAGCUCCCCCUUCAUCACGAAGACGCUCUCCAGCCUCGCUUUGUGGAAAUUAAGGAGCUCACCCAUCUCCCAUCCUCCUCAAUAAAAAGAGCAUUUAGUAAAGAUAAAGACAAGGAAAAGAAGCUGGAUGAUGAGAGCAACAGCCCGACGGUCCCCCAGUCAGCAUUUUUGGGACCCACCUUAUGGGACAAAACCCUUCCGUACGACGGAGAUACUUUCCAGUUGGAAUACAUGGACCUGGAGGAGUUUUUGUCAGAAAAUGGCAUUCCCCCCAGCCCGUCCCAGCAUGACCACAGCCCUCACCCUCCUGGGCUGCAGCCGGCUUCCUCAGCCGCCCAGUCGGUCAUGGACCUCAGCAGCCGGGCCUCAGCACCCAUUCACCCUGGCAUCCCAUCUCCGAACUGUAUGCAGAGUCCCAUCAGACCAGGUCAGCUGUUGCCAGCAAACCGCAAUACACCAAGUCCCAUUGAUCCUGACACCAUCCAGGUCCCGGUGGGUUAUGAGCCAGAUCCAGCAGAUCUUGCCCUCUCCAGCAUCCCUGGCCAAGAAAUGUUUGACCCUCGCAAACGCAAGUUCUCUGAGGAAGAACUGAAGCCACAGCCCAUGAUUAAGAAAGCUCGCAAAGUCUUCAUCCCCGAUGAUCUGAAGCAGGAUGACAAGUACUGGGCAAGGCGCAGAAAGAACAACAUGGCUGCCAAGCGCUCCCGCGACGCCCGGCGGCUGAAGGAGAACCAGAUUGCCAUCAGGGCUUCGUUCCUGGAGAAGGAGAACUCGGCCCUCCGCCAGGAGGUGGCUGACUUGAGGAAGGAGCUGGGCAAAUGCAAGAACAUACUUGCCAAGUACGAGGCCAGGCACGGGCCCCUGUAGCAUGGCAUUUUUGCCGCUGGCUUUUGACUAGAUGGACAGCUUGUUUCCUGUCUGAUAGCACCACCCCCAAACCAACCUUUCUGACAUCAGCACUUUACCAGAGGCAUAAACACAACUGACUCACAUUUUGGUGUGCAUACGUGUGUGUGAGUGUGUGUGUGUGUGUGCACGCGUGGGCGUAGGCACGUCCAUGUGCUUGUGCUCAUGUGUGUGGUCCACCGUGUGUGUGUGUGUGUGUGUGUGUGUUCCUUUGCACUUGCCAUUUGAAGAUGGCCCUCUCAUCGUCUUUUAGUUUGAACAAAGAAAGGUGCCAUGUUUUGACUAGACUUUGGAGACCUCUUGUGGGUUUCCCUCCCACUCCCUUUCCCACUUCUGCCCUAUCCUUGUGGCUUCACGUUUCCUGCUUACCUACUCUUCCAGGACUCCACUUGGAUUCACUUAAGAAGAGCCCUGGUAAAAUAGUGGAUCUCAGUUCUCAAGAGUACAAACUCUUGUUUUUGUUGAAUCCAUAAGUCGCCAUGCUAAUAAGGUGCACACAAUAACUUAGCACUACACGCGCAGCUCUGUUCCUUUAUAGGUUGCUUUCAUUUCCCGCCCCACUCCACCCCACCCCCAGUUUUGGUGAUGAUCGUCUUCAAAUUUAAAGUGCUGUUUAGAUUUGUUAGAUCCCAUAUUUACUUAUUGCUAUUUACUAAGUUUCCUUUUCAUUCUACUGGCCCCCAGAUAAGUAAGAGUACUAUUAUAGAACACAGAGUGUGUUUUUGCACUGUCUGUACCUAAAGCAAUAAUCCUAUUGUACGCUAGAGCAUGCUGCCUGAGUAUUACUAGUGGACGUAGGAUAUGUUCCCUACCUAAGAUUUUUUUCACUGUCUUUUAAAAAACAAAAAUUAAAACAAUGCAUUUGAGCAUGACCAGAACAUCCCCAGGACAGGGAAGCAGAGGGUAAUGGGAGGUCUAUGAAUGAGGGGUUAGAUGGAUCAGUACAUGAACCAAAAAUGCUUCUUGGACUAGCCUGUGGCAUUGACCUUGGUUUCAUUGUCUCCCUUCCCCCACGCUCACCCCACUCCCACUUUUCUAGUUAACUUUUUCCAUAUCCCUCUCAAUAGUCAAAAACAAUUACUUAAGAUUCAGUUUUUCCAUUUUUUUUGGUAAUAUAUAUAUAUAUAUUUUUGUGAAUUCUAUUUUGCUGUUUUUAAAAAUCAGUUGAUUCAGUUAAUAAGUUGAUGUUUUGUAAGACCCUCUAUCCUCAUGGUAUCAUUUCUGAAUGCCUCAUCAGUUAAGGAUUCUGGAGCUUUCGUUUCUUAUUCUCUGUUUGUUUUCGAACGUAUGUGCUCUUAUAAAGUGGACUUCUGAAAAAUGAAUGUAAAAGACACUGGCGUAUCUCAGAAGGGGAUGGUGUUGCAAACUGUGGUUCAUCCAAUCGAUUUAAAUGUUUACUGCAGACCAAAAGGAGAGAUUAUUAAAUUGUUUAAUGUUUAUACAGAGUAAUUAUAGGAAGUUCUUUUUUUGUACAGUAUUUUUCAGAUAUAAAUACUGACAAUGUAUUUUGGAAGACAUAUAUUAUAUAUAGAAAAGAGAAAAGUAUUCCUUGUUUUAAAAUUAUAUAGCAAAGAUAUAUAUUCACCGAUGCUGUAUAGAGAAGAAGCGCUUUGGGGUUUUUGAAGUCUUUAAUAUUUUAAGCCUAUUAUUGACACAUCAGCAUGUUUUCUGCUUUAAAUUAAAAUUUUAUGACAGAAUCGAGGCUCGCCGUGACAAAUCCUGCUCCGAUGCUUUCUUGUUUCUUAUUAGGUCUCAGAAAGAAGUCAGUUAACAUCACCCAAAAGCACAAAAUGGAUUUUAGUCAAAUAUUUAUUGGAUGAUACAGUGUUUUUUAGGAAAAGCAUCUGCCACAAAAAUGUUCACUUCAAAAUUCUGAGUUCCUGGGAAUGGAGCAUUGCUGCCAGUGCCCCAAAUGAUUUUUUUUUCUCCUCUUCCGGCCUGUGCAUCUCACGCCAUGUAAGGUUGACAUCGGUGCUAUGUGUAUGGCUUAUACUCUGAUAGAUGUUUUGACUUUAAAGAUGAUUGUUCUUCUGUUUCACUAAGUUGUAUAAUGUCAAGAGAUUCUGCUGUUACUGCAAAGAAACAUUUUGUGCUAGAUUAAAAUCCCCUUUCAUCCAUGGGAGUUUUCUAUUUUCCUGCCUCCACAGUAUCUUCAUUCUUUAAUGAUCUGCCGGGUCCCCUGUCCAUGCAUCAUACUGCUCCUCUCUAGUGUCAAGGACUUUGGAAAUGCAGCCAGUAGGCUAUUUCUACUAGUACCCGUUUUGUUCCAAGCCACUGAGAAUGUCAGGGGAUGGGGAAGUAUUGGAACUAAUAAUAUACUUUAUUUAGGUAAAUAACAAAUAAAAAUCAGCAAAACCUUUGGCUAUCUUAAGUAUUACUGAAUAUGAAAUUCAGUAAGAGCCACAAGUGGACAUAGAGUUGACCUUUUUAUAGACGAAGAGGCUAACUGCAGAAUCCUUAAAUGAUAGUCGUCAUUAAAGCAAAGAAGGACAAAUUACACCUUUAAGUGCAGAAGUUGAAGGGCCUCUCUAUGGACCAUCCCAAUUUUGGAAGUGUCACAUGGUAACUGAAACAAACAAACAAACAAACCAUAUUUGAGCACUGGUCUUUCUUGGAAUUACAUUGUAUCAAAUGAGCAUCACAGAUGUUUUCUGCAGAAUGAAUAAAAUAAUCAUAACAAAAUUUAUUCUUUUUUUUUUUGUGCCAGGAGAGGUUUCAGAAACCUACCUCGUCUUAAAAAAUUAAACACUUUGGAGUCUGUACAGGUGCCUUAUAUGCAGGUCAUUGUCUCUCUCUCUCUCUCUCUCUCUCACACACACACACACACACACACACGGACUGGCUGCCUGACUGUCCAGGGGAAUUAAGUAAUAAAUAAGAUAAUUUUUGCUAAGUGGAGUGGGAAGCCACGGUCUGACUAGGAGUGACUUGGAUCCAGGGUCAAGUGAGUACUUGCAGACUGCAGCUAUUAUGAGAGUCUUAUUGUCAUUUUUCACCUUUUCAUCCUAAGCAUCUUUCAGAGAUUAAUGAUUUGGCCAUUAAAAGUGAAUACAAGUCACAUCAUGCCAACAUUAUUUAGAUGCAAUUUGGGAUGAGUGGCAUAGAACUUCCUGAUAAGGUCACCUCACCAUUUCUUUUGAUUAGAUUUAAAGAAAAAAAAAAAAGGCAAAGAAAUGAUCAGCCUAUCUCUGCUGCUUGCUACCUUGAGAAUGUGGCCACUUUGGACCUCACGUGAGGUAAGAUUGUGCUAGGCCUUGGUCUUUGAAUACCACAGGUCUCCAUGGAGUCAUCCCUCAAAGCAGAACCUUUUGUUUGAAGAGAAGGAGAGUAUGGAUGUGAUUCUGGCAUUGAGUUGGUAGAAGCUAUAUAAUCUAACCCAGAGGUUUCUUCUAACCCUCUUGAUUUUGUCUGGAAACUCAUAAUUCUAACUGUACAUUCAAAAGGUCUAGGGUCAGAAGAAUCAAGGAGAAUGUUAAGCAGUACCCUCUGCCUUGCCCCAGAGUGAAACAAUAGACAUUCUGUAAAAUGCAAAGUUGACUUUGGAUUUUCUAGUAGUUCAUUGAAUUUCCCCCUUAUGUUCCUUUUAGGAAAACUCACACUUGAUCGGUUAAUUAGUGAGAUCCCAAGACAGCAGCCUGCUUGGCACACUGGGGUCAGUCCCCUACAGGUGACUAAGAUGUAGUAUACCCUUCACAAGGUAGACAUCUUCUGCACCCCAUGUACCCACUUCCUCCUGAGGGCUCCUUGGCACUCCCCAAGGGCGAGACCAGGUUCCCCCCGGGGGUGUUGGCUAAAAUUAAUGUUUCUAAAAAUGAGCAAAACUUUAUCUUAGGUCUGAUGAAUUGGAUUUAGCGACCAAAUUCAGUGCAUUUUGCAGGAAGUCAAGAGCAUGCAGAGGAGUGUGUGUAUGUGCAUGUGUAUAUGAAUAAGUCAAGACAUAAAAUCUUACAUUUUUUUGAGCACCUUACCAAACAACAAUAACCCAUUUUCUUUUUGGCAACACCACAAAGAUCGCAUCUGUUAAACAGGUACAAGUUAACAUGAGGUUAGUUUAAUUGUACAUCAUGAUAUUGGUGGUAUGUAUGCUGUUAGUCCAAACCUUUAUCUCUCUGUUAUUCUUAAUGUUUAAUAAACUUUGAAUUUUUUUCCUUUC